GGUGGCCGACCUGCUGGUGGGGCUGCUGUCCGUCAGCCUGUUCUCUCUCUACGUGCUGAUUGGCCGCUGGCCGCUGGGCCCCGCCUCUUGCGACCUCUUCCUGGUCCUGAACCAUGGGGUGAGCAGCUCCUCGGUGCUCCACCUGCUGCUCAUCAGCCUGGACCGCUUCCUGUGCGUUGUGGCGGCCGCUCAGCUACCCGCGCGCCGCAGUGCUAACGCAGCGAGGCUCAUGAUUAGCUGUGCCUGGCUCCUCCCCUUCCUGCUCUGGACCCCCUCCAUCCUGAGCUGGCAGAGCAGCGGGGGGGAACGUCUGGUCCCGGACGGAGAGUGCUUCCUGCAGCUGAUCUCUAGCCCCGCCGCCACGCUCGCCACCACGCUGCCCUCCUUCUUCCUGCCCGCCCUCAUCAUGGUGGCCCUCUACAGCCGUCUCUCGGUGGCGAGUCGUGGCAGAUUGAUAGUUCGCCCGGCGACCUCCAGCCCCUUGAUCAAGGACUUCCUGUUGAAGCGGCGUCGCAGCGUGGUGAGCAGAGAACCCGCCUCCGACGUGUCUCUGAACCAAUCAGAGAGCAGCACGCCCAAGUCUGGGAGGAGCAGGAAGACGUCCAGGAGUCCUGCGGCGGACACUCGUAUCGAAGACUCCAACAAGAUUGAGACGGACUCUUCGUCCAACGCAGACGCCAACAAGACGACGUUCUCCACCUUCAGCAGCUUCAGGUCUCAGGAGCAGCGGCUUCAGAGACUCACGGCGAGGGAGAGGAGGGUGACGAAGACCAUCCUCUGCAUCCUGAUAGCCUUCAUCGUCACCUGGACGCCGUACAACGUGAUGGCAGUGGUCGCCGCCUUCUGCCACGUGUGUGUGCCGGGCUUCCUCUGGACGGGGGGGUACUGGCUCUGCUACAUCAACAGCGCCGUCAACCCGGGCUGCUACGCCCUCUGCAACGUGACCUUCAGGAACACCUUCCUCCGCCUGCUGCGCUGCAGGAAGAGCAGCCGGUGAAGCAGGGAACUGUGACGUGUCUUCAAUAUAUUCUCACAUUGCAUAGACUACUGAUGAAGCAGCUCGGCCUGACUAUCAGUGAGAAACUUCCCAUUGGACUCAGAGAAACCGGAACAUUCUUCAAUAUAUUCUGACCUUUUAUAGAUGAAUAAAAGGCAGAUUAAAACAGAGCUGCAGGGAUGCUGGUAUUGAACUGUGUUGGUUCCUGAAGGCAACAUCUCUCUGGUCCAAUGAGAUUCAUUCAUGUGAUUUUGGAUUAUGUCAGAAAAUAAUCUCUGUGUCAAACAAACGUUUAUGAUUCUAACACGUUUAGUUCAGCAGGAAAAUCUCCACAUAUUAACUCCACUUUGUGAUUCCUGAGGUAAAAAGCUAAUGUUGGGCUAUAAAGGAACUACAGCACGGUCACAUGACUUCACGUCACCACCGCUAAGCUAAAGGAGGCUAAUGUUG